AUGACGGCUCAUACCGAUCAACCCAUCACAACGCCGCCGCGCGCCCCGUCGCCGGUUCAUGGCUUCGGCACGCUCGCCGUGCAUGCGGGGUCGCCGCACGACCCCGCGACGGGCGCCGUGAUCGAGUCCAUCUCUUUGUCGACCACGUUUGCCCAAUCGGCCGUCGGCAAGCCUGUGGGUGAGUUCGAAUACAGCCGCAGCAGCAACCCCAACCGGAACAACUUCGAGAACAUGGUGGCUGCCCUCGAGCAUGCCAAGUAUGCCCUCGCUUUCUCCUCCGGUAGCGCUGCGACCACCGUUAUUCUGCAGUCCCUGGCUGCCGGCUCGCACGUCAUCUCUGUUUCGGACGUCUACGGCGGCACCCACCGUUACUUCACCCAGGUCGCCAAGGCCCACGGUGUGAAGGUCACUUUUACGCCCGAGAUCGAGGUCGACAUCCGAGACCACAUCACCGAGUCGACCAAGCUGGUGUGGAUCGAGACCCCGAGCAACCCGACCCUGCGCCUCGUCGACAUUCGCGCUGUCGUGACCCAGGCGCACGAACAUGGCAUCAUGGUGGUGGUAGACAACACCUUCCUAAGCCCCUACAUUCAGAACCCGCUGGAUCACGGCGCCGACAUCGUGAUGCACAGUGUGACCAAGUACAUCAACGGGCACAGCGACGUGGUCAUGGGCGUGGCCGCCUUCAACAGCGACGACCUGCACAAGCGGUUGUCGUUCCUCCAGAACGCCCUGGGCGCCGUCCCGUCGGCGUUCGACUCGUGGCUGGCGCAUCGCGGCGCCAAGACACUGCACCUGCGGGCGCGCGAGGCCACCACCAACGCCACGGCGGUCGCGCACGCGCUCGAGGCCAGCCCGCACGUUAUCGCGGUCAACUACCCGGGACUCGACUCGCACCCGCACCGGGCCAUCGCCAAGAAGCAGCACCGCAACGCCAUGGGCGGCGGCAUGCUCUCGUUCCGCAUCCGUGGCGGGCACGCGGCGGCCGAGCGCUUCUGCCAGCUGACCAAGAUCUUCACGCUCGCCGAGUCCCUGGGCGGCGUCGAGUCGCUGUGCGAGGUGCCUAGCAGCAUGACCCACGCUGGCAUCCCGCGCGACCAGCGCGAGGCGGUCGGCGUCUUCGACGACCUCGUCCGCAUGAGCUGCGGUGUUGAGGAUGCCGAGGACCUCAAGAAGGACGUGCUCCAGGCCUUGGAGCGCGCCGUCGCUGAGACUCAGAAUGGGAAUGGCGUUAACGGGUCCAAUGGGCAUUAA